GUUCUUGGGGAAAAUCAUGAGCGAGGAGGGAGAUGGAGAUCUCCGGGCGCUCUUGCUGCUGGUGAUUCACGCAAGGAUUUUGUAGAAACAGGCGAGCGAUUCUAGAGUUUCUAGCAUUUAGAUCAGGAUGAGGAAGGCGGCAGGGGAUGCUCUGAAGCAGGCUUUCAUGUCGAGGGAGGAUUACGAGAGCCUGCCUGUGGGAAACAAAGUGUGGGACAACCUGGCGAGGCCAGUGCUCCUGUGGGCGACGAUUGUUCUAGGAACCGCGGUGUUUGUCGCUGGGAUCGCCAUGACCGCGAUGGUUUUCGAGGUAGGGCGGUGGCAUUCGUGCUCCAGGAAACGUUUGACGCCAUUGCCAGCAGCCUCGCUCGGUGAAUCGCGCGCCGCCUAUCUCCUCACCCAGGAGGAGGCCAGGAUCUACUUCUGGAUGGUCAUCUUUCUCCCUACCGCGGCUUUCUUCGCGGUGGCCGUGGUGUAUCUAGCAUCUGGAAUCGUGGUGGCUUACGCAGCUCCAAAGCGGCAUUUCAUGGUGAGAGUCGUGGAGAACAGCUGCUGCGCUUCCAAGCGAGGAGGCGUGCGCUGCCUGUCCACUCUCAACUUGAGCUUCAUGGUGGCCGCCAUCCUCAUGGCGCUCUUCCUGGGCUCCAGCAUCGUCACCCUCGACACGGGCUGCUCGAUCGCCCUCUUCUGGUGCUACGAGGUGGUGUGCUGGGGGCUGGUUCUCCUGUUUGGGAUCACGGCCUUCUUCUUGCACCGAAAGGCGGCGGUGGUGAUGGACGAGGGCCAGCACUUUGGCAGCCGGACGGUGGGCAUGGAGAUGCUCGAGGCCAGCGCGGUGCCGCCUUAUGAGAUGGAGAGGAGAGUGAACGCCGGGUUCCGGAGCUGGAUGGGAUCGUCGUCGGUGCUGUCUUCGUCGGACGAGGGCGAGGUGGACGAGAUAUUCGGGGAGAGUUUUGGGCUGGACGACGACGAUGUAUGGGACGAAGAACAAGGGGUCAUGCACGUCCGGAGCAACAAUGAUAUUACCAGGGGGUGAUAUCAAAAGUUUGCAGAUCUUUAUCAUGUGUACAUUUUGUUGAUUGGAAGUCUUUUUGACAGACUUUUCCUCUUUUGUGUCCAACGUUUUUGGAAAAAGCGCUAGUUCUGGAAUCCCAAAGUUUAUCGACUUA